AUGCGCUUCUCCGCCAUACUUUGUGACCAAGGCUCGGUGGAGUCAUUUUCGAAAUGCAUUGGCGCUGUUGCUCGUUUGUGCAAGAAACGGUGUGGCCUGAGGAUCACAAAAGAAGGCAUGUGCUUCGUAGCGAAUGACACCCUUCGAGAGCAGGGUAAUUUCCUCAGCGUGCUCAUUCCUCCUCGGCCAGAUUUUGAAACAUUUAAUUUCGCUGGUGUCUCUGAAGAAAGAGACGAAAUUGUAAUGGAAUUGGAUAUAGAAGAUUUCGAAAAAAGUGUUGUUGGAGUUCAUUCAUAUCUCAAAAUAAAACUGAGACAGAAACCAAACCAGAAGCCCUUCCUUCAAGUGGAACUACGGGAUAAAGGAACAAUACAUGAGCUUCCUGUGCGGUUGAUCAAAACCGCGCAUUGGACAAUGUUUCGACGCCCAGAUGUACCGAGAGGAGUAUUGGGAGUUUACUUUCCCCCUAUAAGAUCUGUGAUGAGAGUGCUGCAGUCGCUGAAACAUGUGGGAAACAAGAAUGUGACUUUGAAAGUCAAUAACAAUGGUGAGAUGCAUUUGAAAUGUCGCAUGGAUCAGGCUGAAGUGACUAUCUAUUUUAGCGAUCUGGCCAAUGACACACUUACUGAAGCGCAGUCACAAGAGCACUGGUGCACCGUGCGUUUAUCAUUGAAAGUCAUCCAUAUGUUCUUUUCCAGCUUCAUGUUUCUGUCGAACUUGAAUGUAUUACUAAAUGUCGUAUCCGAUCGUUACGCGGAGUUUACGUUACGACGAGAGGGUUUGGAAGUGUCGUUCCUUGUCGGCGGAAUCAAUGAUGUUUUUUGA